AUGCUGGGAAGAGUGAGGAAGGUUUCAGGUCGUGGAGAACCAGUUGCAGCAAACUAUGCAUUUGGUCCUUCUGAAGAUGAUGUAAUCAUCAAACACCGGCUUCUUACCCGUACAACAACCACUCGAGGUGAACCUCCAUUGAAGAAGCUUCAAAAGAAGUUCACCUCUUUUGUUUCCGAGGUAGAUAAAGACGAAGAUAACUACAACGACUGUGAAAAGCUUGCUAGAGCUUUUUUGCAGGAACUUACUACAUUUGAGAUUCCUCUUUUGAAGAGUAAAGCAAUUGUGGAGGCUAAUGUUAGGGAGAAGGAUAAUUUCAAUGAGUUGAAAGAUGAAAUGAAUCGCCAGAUCUUGCAGGCGCAGGUUGAUAUUGAGGAUCAUAAGAAGCAAUUGGAAGAGAGUAAAGUUGAGAGACGGCAUAAGGAGGAGUGUGAGGCUAUUAGGAAAUUGAUUGCUUUGCAGCCGCCGAGAUCUGAGACACAGAAGGUUAUAACUGAGUUGGAGAAAGAAAUAGCUGCUUUAGAUGCUGAGAAUACUGCUGGUUCAAGAUUGUUGGAGCUUCGCAAGAAGCAGUUUUCACUUUUGUUGCAUGUGGUGGAUGAGUUGCAGAAUACAAUAGAGGAAGACCAAAAGAGUCUAAUGGAGGAGAUGAGAAUAGCAACCGAGGAGCUUAAGAAUGGGAUAGAGGACACAAGUCCGUCCGAAGCAAUGGCAGUUGAUCAGUAA